UAUCACUACUGGCCUGGUUUUGGACAAAGAAAGGCUUCUUCAGCAACAAAAAACAAUGAUGUAUGAUUCCGUAUCCCCCUGACCCACACAACAAUUUCCCCACCUUUGUCGAACAAGUAACAACGUUAUAAAGCAGACGCAUUGCGAAACAUAAGUUCCGCAGAGAGUGGAGGGGAGUGAGGGAGGGAGAAAGAUAGAGAGAGAGAGAGAGAGAGAGAGAUUCCUGAAUUGUUACGAAAUGGGAGAACGUCUUGUGUCAACUGCAAUGUCCCCUUUGAGAUUUUCUCACAGACCCAUCACGAUUCUGCCGUGUAAUCGCUCAAAUUUCCCGUUCUUGAACGCAAAUUUGCAGCCUUUAAGGUAUGGGUUUGAGAGGAUUCUGUCCCUCAGAAGAAGUAUUUGCGCUAAAGCUGUGAUGUCCGAGGUUGAAAGCAAGAAAGAGUACUUGAGGAUAGGGGCUGAUUCCACUGGCUCCAUCCCUUCCGAUCAGCUUCUCGAAAUUGUUCAAGCAGCUGCCAAGACUGGCGCUGAGGUUGUAAUGGAUGCUGUCAAUAAACCUAGAAACAUUAACUAUAAAGGAUUCACUGACCUAGUAACUGACACUGAUAAAAAGAGUGAACUUGCUAUUCUGGAUGUCGUUAGAAAGAAUUUCCCAGAUCACCUAGUUCUUGGAGAGGAAGGAGGAUUUACUGGGGAUCCAUCUUCCGACUAUCUUUGGUGCAUUGACCCUUUAGAUGGGACAACGAACUUUACCCAUAGCUAUGCGAGCUUUGCUGUUUCUGUGGCAAUUCUUUUCAGAGGAAAGCCAGCUGCAUCGACUGUGGUAGAGUUUGUGGGUGGCCCUAUGUGCUGGAGCACUCGCACAUAUACUGCAGCUGUUGGCAAAGGUGCAUAUGCUAAUGGUCAAAAGUUAAGUGUCACUGACACGGAUAAGGUGGAGCAAUCUCUCCUAGUGACGGGAUAUGGCUAUGAUCGUGAUGAUUCCUGGGCUACCAAUAUGGAAUUAUUUAAGGAAUUUACUGGCGUAAGCAGGGGCGUGAGAAGGCUUGGCGCUGCUUCAGUAGACUUCUGCCAUGUUGCUCUGGGAAUUGUUGAAGCCUACUGGGAAUACCGUCUAAGACCAUGGGACAAUGCAGCCGGAGUUCUGAUAGUUGAAGAGGCUGGGGGUUUAGUUUCCCGCACGGAUGGUGAAAAAUAUUGUGUAUUCGAUAGAUCCGUCUUGGCAUCCAAUGGAGCGCUUCAUGACAAGCUUCUCGAGAAAAUUGGUCCUGCAACCGAGAAGUUGAAAAACAAAGGGGUUGAUUUCUCGCUGUGGUACAAACCAGAAGCUUACAAGACAGAUUUUUGACAACCUCAUUCUUAAACCUUAAUGCUGCUGCGCUGUGCUGUGAAGAUUUUAGCGACCAAGUUUCGUUUCGUCACCAUAACUGUUUCCUUUGUACAUGUAGAUGUCUAGCUGGGAGUGAGGGUUGGUUGGGGUUGUUACUUUUCAUGGCUUCCCAAAGCUUUUUAUCUGUAUGGGUUGAGAGCUCUUUCAUAAAUCAUAAUAGUAUUAGUUGAGCCUCAACAUACCAUACUGCUUUCUGCUGCUACCCUACAUGACUGCCCAAUAAAUUAAUUAAUUUGGCUUGUUUA